AAGAAGCCCGCCAUGUGAAAAUUCUCUUCUAUUCUUAGACAAACCCUAAAUCACACUGUACCUUUGAAUUUGGAACCAAAACGAAAUCUCGAAAUUUUCAGUAACGCCAAAUCUCGAAAUUUUCAGACACACUGAUUCAUUUUCGUUUUAAUUUUCGGACCCUCCUUCUCUUCUCUAUCCAUUAUACAUAAACAUGGCAACAAUCUCUCUUCUGCACCCAAGACUUCAAACCCAUCUUCUUCCAUCUGUGCAUUCUUUCCCUCUCUUCCAAAUUCAUACCACAGAAGGAACAAGAUGGAGACUCGUGCCGCCUCAAAGAGAAAGGCAAACGCUAUGGUCUUGGUCCAAAAACAACACCCCAAAAGGCAUAGGGUUUCUUUGGUUCAAAAUCCUCCCAAAGAGAAAUUGCAAGGUGUGAAGAAUCCCAAUGCAAAAAAGCCAUCUUCCACAACCCACCGCUCUUCUUCCCUCCAUGUCGAUGAAUCCCUUUUUUCCCAUGUCUAUGAGUAUCUUCAUGAAAUGGAGAUGCAGAAAAAGAGGAGACCAACUGUUGACUACAUUGAGAAAGUUCAGAAAUUGUUUACACCAACCAUGAGAGCAAUCUUGGUGGAUUGGUUAGUAGAAGUGGGUGAGGAGUACAAGCUUCUUCCAGACACUCUUCAUCUCUCUGUUUCAUAUAUUGAUAGGUUUUUGUCAGUUAAUCCGGUGACUAAAUCCAGACUUCAGUUGCUGGGUGUUUCCUCCAUGCUUAUUGCAUCCAAAUACGAGGAGAUUGACCCACCUUGUGUGAACGAUUUCUGCAGCAUCACUGAUUACACAUAUGACAAGGCAGAGGUUGUGAAGAUGGAAGCCGACAUACUGCAGUCACUGAAGUUUGAAAUGGGAAAUCCUACUGUGAACACUUUUCUCAGAAGGUUUGCUGAUAAUGAAAUGACUCCAAAUUCACAGAUUGAAUUUUUGGGCCGCUAUCUUGCUGAGUUAAGUUUGUUGGAUUAUGAUUGUUUGAGAUUUUUGCCUUCUGUUGUAGCAGCAUCUGCUCUAUUUCUUUCUAGAUUUAUUAUCUCGCCUGAAGUGCAUCCAUGGACUCCUUCUUUGAGUCAAUGUUCUGGUUACAAAUCAGCUGAAUUGAAAGAAUGUGUUUUAACUUUGCAUGACCUGUACUUGUUACGAAAGGCAGCAUCCUUCAAAGCUGUCCGGGAUAAGUACAAGCAGCAAAAGUUUAAAUGCGUUGCAAACCUGCCUUCCCCUCCUUAUGUACCCAGUUGUUACUUUGAAGACCAGUGAUGUAGCAAAUUUUGUGAUGAAUAUAUCUCAGUUGCUAUCUCUUAAAUCAUGUUUGAUAAAGCACAUGGUUUGAUCAUGAUUUGAACAGGCCUGACUUUUCGAAAUUUGAUGCACAUAUUUGUCUUUAAAUUGCAAGAGCGUGAGUAGCCAAGAUAUCAAUGUUAAAUACUCAAUUAACAUCUUAGAUUGUACAGCUUUUUACAAUCAUGAUGGUUACUGCUGAGCAAUUAUGACAGUCUUUCCAUAACAUGUAUUAGGAAAAUUAUGGUGUAGGAUGAUGUGAACAUUGCAUAGAAUUUUAUAUGAGCAAAGUUUGUGAAGAAUCUUGCGAGAUCUCUUUGACAUCCUUGAUCCAAGUGAUGGUUGCAAUCUUGCGAGAGACUUACUGCUUCAACCAAUAAGAAAAAGGCUUUUACUGUGCUUCAAGACAGCAAAUCAGAGGUGUUUAUCUUGGGAUUUAAGAAUGUUGUCAUCAAUAAAUUUGAAUUUUGUUCAUCAUCUGUCAAGCUGUGGUCAUGGUGUGAAGGAAUUUUAGAUGCAGAGAAUGUAGGAAAGCAAACAUAAGAAUUUUUGUUCAGAAUAUCUUUCUGGUUUGUCGAAAAUGUCCUAUUCUUUAGGGAUAUUUAUUAAUAUUUGUUCUUUAUGAAUAUUAUAUCAAUACAAAUAAUACGAGAAAAAUGAUUGAAAAAAUGCAA